AUGAAGUGUCUUGACAGCUACAACUAUGUCACCACCACCGAAUGCACCACGCAGGCUCUGGUUUGUCGGAACGGGAUGGAAGUGAUCGUCACGCCUCCCGUCGAUCAGCGAUGCUACAAUGGCGAGUUCAUUGCGCUGUCCAACUGUCCGAACUGCAAUUUCCAGGGAUUCAUUUGUGUGGACAAUCAGGGAGUGCAGGUCAAUGACCGCUGCACCUCCUUCAUCCAGACCUGCAACAACGGAUUCUUGUCCGAUAUCGUCACCGUCGAAUCGGGACUGCAGUGUCUCAAUCGCCAGAUCAUUCGCGAGGACUGCUGCCCCCGCCAGACCUGCGACUGGGAGGGAACGCGCUGCGUCGAUUCUGCGGGUCGUUGGAAUAUGAACGACUGCGUUUCGUUCAGCAUUACUUGCGAGAACGGAGAAACGGAAGGAUUGAUGCCCGUGGAGCCUGAUAAGCGUUGCCGCAACGGCACGAUGGUGGCUGUGACGGACUGUGCUUGCGAGCCGGUGCCCUACGAGUGUAAUUGGAACGGUGUGCGUUGCACGGAUCGGAUCGGAAUGCCUGUGCUGGAAGGCUGCAGCUCCUACUACGAGGUGUGUAUUAACAAUAAGAUCAGCUCGCCUCUCCCCGUACCGGACGGAUUCGCCUGCCUCAACAACCAAAUGGUGGCCAGCGAGGGAUGUCUGGUCAAUCCGAACAACACCUGCUCGUUCUGUGGAUUCCUCUGCACCACCGAGAAGGGAGAUAUCGUCAAUGACGACUGCACCGGUUUUUGGAUUCAGUGUACGGAUGGCAAGGUCUCGGAGGUGUUCCCUGCUCCUGAAGGCAGCGUCUGUUACCAGGGCGCUUUCGAGAACCCUUCUGUCUGCCCCGUGAAGCCGACUGUGUGCAUUAACUGCCCCACUGGACCGACUGGCUACACUGGACCCGCAGGAGCUACGGGAGUGACGGGACCGCAGGGACCGCAGGGACCGCAAGGACGGACAGGCGUACAAGGACCGCAGGGACCGCAGGGACCCACUGGACCUACCGGAGAGCCAGGUCAUAAGGGAGUGACGGGACCGACGGGACCGAGAGGAAAUCCGGGACUUACCGGACCCACGGGAGAGCCUGGAGCGACGGGUAUUACGGGACCUACCGGAGGCACUGGACCCACUGGACCGCAGGGAGAGCAGGGAAGACGCGGAGACAGAGGAGCUACGGGAGCCACCGGACCGAUCGGACCCACUGGACCCACCGGAAUCACCGGAGCCACCGGAGCCACUGGACCCACCGGACCGCAAGGACCCCACGGAGUGAGAGGUGUUACCGGACCGAUCGGACCUACCGGACCCACUGGACCUACUGGUGCGACUGGAUUGUCUGGACCCACCGGACCCACUGGAGAAACCGGACCUACCGGACCUACCGGACCCACCGGAGCGACCGGAGCAACGGGAGCGACCGGAGUGACUGGCGCGACGGGUCCUGAAGUGAGUUUAGCCGACGAAUUCCCCGAGCUGCCGAACCAACUGGAGUUCUUCGGCUCGGUUUCGUUGCUGUAUCUGGGAGCGGGAGCUGGCGGCGACCAGGACUUCCAAGUGCUGACGGGCAACGUCCCCGUGAACUGGGGAGAUUACACAGUGACGCUGGGCAACACGCUGACCACAGACACGACGCCUGUGACCAUCACGGGCGAUCAGUUCUCCGUGAAUCGUAGAGUUUGGACGGGUGGAUAA